AUGAAACUGAUGUUGGUAAAACAUUGGAUCCUUCUGAUGAUCCUAAACCUUUGGGUCGUUGAAGCUAAACGUACCAUGAAACUUCUUCCUGGACGGAGUAGAGUGACGUUAAGUCGGAUAAAAGCGAACCGUCAGACUCUCAAACCUACAAUCUGCUUUGAUUUAGUUGGAUGUUUUGCGGAUCCGAUGGGUAAAUUGGCGUUUCAAAAGCCACCAGAGCAUCCCAGCGUGAUUCAGACGAGAUUUUUACUGUACACUCGUUCGAAUCGAGAUGCUCCCGAGAGCCUGCUGUACGGUGAUGAUUUUAAAUCUAUUCUCAAAUCGCGAUUCAAUUCGACGAGACAUAUGAAAGUUGUGAUACACGGCUACAAAGGAAGCGGGAGCGAUGUUGGCGCGGUGCGCUUGGUACAGGGUUUACUAGAUUUGGAGGACCUGAACGUUUUGGUAAUCGACUGGACAAGAGGAGCGGCAACGACCUAUUCGGCAGCAGUGGCAAAUACCGAACUUGUAGGUCGACAAUUAGGCUUGGUUCUUUUAGACACUAUCAAUUUGGGCACGCUUCCUGAAAACAUUCACGUGAUUGGCUUCAGUCUUGGAGCUCACGUUGCCGGUUGUGCCUCUGAAAUCCUCAAGAGGAGGAAAAUUCUCGUGGGUCGUAUAAGUGGCCUAGAUCCUGCGUCACCAUUUUUCAGGAAUCAUCUGUUUAGGGAAAAGUCUAGAAAGCUAGAUGCCACAGAUGCUCAAUUGGUUGAUGUGAUUCACAGCUUUGCAGACGGGUUUGGACUUUUGAAGCCACUUGGUCACAUUGAUUUCUUCCCGAACGGUGGUAGAGAACAGCCUGGCUGUAACGAUGUGAAAAAUUCUGUCGUUUUUAGCCAUUUGAAUGAGGAUAUGUUGACUAAAGAAAUUGCUUGCAGUCAUUUGCGAGCUUGGUCGUAUUUUUUGGAAAGUGUACGCAUGACAAAUCCCACCUGUAAUUUCACUGCCUGGCCUUGUCCCAAAGGAAGAAGAUCGUACGCGAAUGGAAUGUGUUUCCCCAUGGAAUCUACAAUGUGGUCUCAAGAGAUGGGCUACAGAGCUAAUCGAGGCCCCUUAGGAAUUUAUUAUUUGCCUACGACAGAGAAAGAACCCUUUUGUGGCCAGCCACUGAGAGCAUCGGUGAUAACUUCCAAAGAUGCGCCAGAAACCUCGGGGAUAUUAUUUAUAAAAUCUAUGCAACGUAAUUCAAUGAUAAAUUACAGGCUUCGGUACGCAAUAUCGAGCCGGAAAAACAAAUCGAUGACGUUUUACAAUAUCGCUGCAGCGGAGUUCCAACUUUCAUCGAGUAAUCAGAUAACGAUAAACACAACCGUUUGGUAUGAGAAGAGUAAAGGUGAUGAUAAUGAAGAUACAAUUAGAAAACCUAUCUCCGAUGCAUUGUUCGUGAACAAAGUUGUUAUUGAAGAUAGAAAGGGCAAUAAGUGGGAAUAUUGCAGCCCAAAUACUCCCGUAAACCUAGAGCAAAAAAUGAUGAUUUUGCGCCGUCAGCAAUGUGAUUUAUCGUAG